AGAACAGUGUGUGAUUUCAGCUCAUCAGCCUGGUGAAUCUCUCCCCUCUACCCAGGGAGGAAGCACACUGAGACAGUGGUAUCAACCAGACUCUGACAGAGAAUUGGAAGAAAGUCAUGUAUUUACCCAGGCCAGAGAACCAGCCGUGAAAGACAAAAGGCGGUCUACCCCUUCGGACAGGCCUCCCACCGCCCCCCACGCCAACCCUCACCACAGUGCCUCCCCAGAGGACCAGGAGAGCCCAGAGAGAGUGGUUCAGAAAGAGAAACUGCAUGCAGAGCUGAAGCAGGUGCUGAGUCUGAAGAGAAGCCACCUGAAAGAGACGUCUCAUUUGGCACAACCGGAGAUGGAUUCUUCAACAGAGGCCCGAGCAGUGGAGGAGACUGCAUCUGAGGUGGUGGAGGUUGUGAUGGAGACAGAGCCUGAGGCUGGAGCCAGUGGCUACAGUGUCACAGGUGGAGGGGAGCGAGGCAUCUUCAUUAAGGACGUCCUUAAAGACUCCACUGCAGCAAAGCAUCUUAGCCUCCAGCAAGGAGAUCAGUUGCUCAGUGCAAGAGUCUACUUUGACAAUGUGAAGUAUGAAGAUGCCCUGAAGAUCUUGCAGUGUGCAGAGCCUUAUAAAGUCUCCUUUUUCCUGAAGAGGACCAUCGCCGGCGCUGAUGUCACCAUGCACCCUGGCGCUGAUGUCACCAUGCACCCUGGCGCCACCAGCUUGGAACUGAAAGGACCCAAAACCAAGAUGCAGAAAAUGAGUGUCAAGAGCAUCAAACCUUUCAAAGCGAAGAAAAAGAGGGGAGGACGUUUUGGAUUGAAAAGGCUGAAGGAAAACAAGAAAGGGAGCACUGGAGCAGAGUUAGAGAUGGAGGGAUCCCCUUCCAAGGUGGAGCUCAACCCCAUUGACGUGGAGUUUGCCUUCCCAAAGUUCAAGCUGAGGAAGGAUGGGAAGGCAGAGGGAACUGAGCAGCAUGGAGGAGUGGUCGCCACUGGCAGGAAGAAGAGGAUGAUAAGGUGUCCCAGGAUGAAAGCAAAUGGUGCUGAGGUGGCUACAGGAGAAGUUGACAUAACAGAACCAGCGGGACAGGCUGAUGUCUCCCUGCCAGACGUGCCUGGAGCUAAAGUCAAAGUCAAAGGAAAGGGCCACAGGUUCGGAAUUCAGUUCCCUAAAACAAAAAAGACUAAAUCGGACACUGCCUUGUCUGGAGGGUCCCUGGACCUGAAACCUCCUGAUGUCAAAUUCACACCACCCUCAGUGGAAUUCAUUUUGCCAUCUGGAAACAAGGACGUUGACCUACAGAAACCAGAAGUGAAAGUCAAGGAGGGGUCAAAAUUGAUGCACCGAGAGGUAGAGCUUUCAUUAGGUCUCCCCUCAGCCUGUCACUCUGAUGAAAUUGAUGGUGAGAUAAAAGCAAAAGGUUUAGCUGAAGGAGUUGAAGGGUUAACAGGCCUAUCUGGCAUUAAGAUGCCAGCUAUUGACAUCUCUGCACCCAACAUAGAUCUGCAGCUGGACACCCGGCGUACAGUGCCAGACGAGAUAGAGGGACCCUUUUUUAAAGGGCCAAAUAUAUCCAUGCCCAAAACUGACAUCUCAUUACCAAAGAUUGGAUCAUCUAACAUGGAUAUUGAAGGUCCAGAAAAGGGUGGAAAAAUUUGCCUGCCAAUUGUUGACAUUUCACUGCCAAAGAUGAUACCAGCAGAAGCAAAUGUUGAUGUGGAAGGACACAUUGGAAAAGGAGGCAAGUUCAAAACACCAACUUUUGAUGUUUCUCUUCCAAAAUUCCUGUCUCCAGAGGAGCAUAUGAAUAUAGAGGGGCCUGAAGUCAAAGGGGAGUUCAAAAUGCCAAAAGUUGACCUUUUACGCCCAAAAGGUAAAGCAGAGGGAGAGGUGGACAUUGAAGGAUACUUAGGAAAAGGAGGUCAAUUUCAGAUGCCCACAUUUGACAUUUCUCUACCAAAAAUGAAGUCAUCAGAGAGAGAAAUGAAUGUAGAACGACAUGAAGUGAAGGGUGGCAAAAUUAAAAUGCCCUCUAUUGACAUAUCUCUCCCUAAAGGAAAAGCAGAGGGGAAUAUUAACAUUGAGGGACAUUCUGGAAAAGGAGGCAAGUUCAAAAUGCCCUCAUAUGACAUUUCUCCUCCUAAAAUGAAGUGUGAUGCUAGUUUAGAGGGACCUGAAUUGAAAGGGGGAAAGUUUGAAAUGCCCACACUUGAUAUUUCCCUUGCCAAAGGAAAAACAGAGGGUGAAGUCAACAUUGAUGCAAAUGUAGGAAAAGAAGGAAAGUUCUCUCUUCCAAAAAUAACGUUACCAAAGGGUGACAUGAAAAUAGAAGGAUCUGAUGUGAAAGGCAUCACAUUUCAUAUGCCCACUAUAGAUUGUUCACUUCCAACAGGAAAAACAGACGGAGACAUGAGCGUUGAAGGCGAUGCAUAUAAAGGCGGAAAGUUUCACAUGCCUUCACUUGAUAUUUCUGCUCCAAGAGUGAAGUUACCAGAGGGUAAAGCCAUAGUAGAAGGCCCUGAAAUUAAAUGUGGAAAGGUUGAAAUGCCAAAAAUGGAUGUUUCCCUUCCAAAAGGCAAAACAGCGGGAGAAGUUAACAUUGAAGGCCAUGUCAGUAAAGGGGGCAAGUUUAAGAUGCCCAAAUUCGGCAUUUCUUUCCCGAAAUUGAAGUCACCAGAGGUUAAGGUCAACACAGAGGGACCUGAAGUCAAAGGAGGGAAGUUUAUAAUGCCUACAAUUGGCAUUUCAAUACCAAAAGGAAAAUCGGAAGGUGACAUCAAUGUUGAAGGAGAUUCUGAAGCAGGAGACAAAUUUCAUAUGCCCACAUGUGACAUUUCUCUUCCAAAAAUGAAGUCACCAGAAGCAGAUAUCAGUUUAGAAGGACCAGAAGUCAAAGGAGGAAAGUGUCACAUGCCAACAAUUGACCUUUCCCUUCCAAAAAUGAAGUCGCCUGAAGGUGAAGUCAAUGUAGAAGGCCCCGAAGCCAGAGGGGGAAAGAUUGAAAUGCCAUCGAUUGAUAUUUCACUUCCCAAAGGAAAAAUGGAGGGGGAAAUUGACAUUGAAGGACAUUCUGGAAAAGGAGGAAGAUUUCAUAUGCCUACAUUUGACGUUUCCCUUCCAAAAAUGAAGUCACUAGAACCAGAUGUCAGUUUAGAAGGACCAGAAGUCAAAGGAGGAAAGUGUCACAUGCCAACAAUUGACUUUUCCCUUUCCAAGGAAAAGGGUGAGAUUGACACUCAAGGACAUUCUGGAAAAGGAGGCAAGUUCCAAAUGCCAGCAUUGGAUAUAUCACUUCCAAAAAUGAAGACACCAGAAGCAGAAGUCAGCCUAGAAGGCCCUGAUGUGAAAGGUGGAAAGUUUGAAAUGCCAAACAUUGAUAUUUCACUUCCAAAAGGAAAAACAGAAGGGGAAAUAGACAUUGAAGGACAUUUUCGGAAAAAAGGAAAGUUUCACAUGCCCACAUUCGACAUGUCCUUGCCAAAAAUGAAGUCAAAUGAUGGUGACAUGAAAUUAGAGGGGCCAGAAGUGAAAGGUAGUAAAAUACAUAUGCCUGCCAUUGACAAUUCUCUUCCAAAGGGGAAGGCAGAAUGUGAUCUUCAGGUUGACGGGCAUGGUGGCAAAGGGGGAAAGUUCCAUAUGCCCUCAAUUGACAUUUCUCUUCCAAAAAUGAAGUUGCCUGAGGGUGAAGUCAAAGUUGAAGGCCCUGAAGCCAAAGGUGGAAAGUUUGAAAUUCCAACAAUUGAUAUUUCACUUAAAAAAGGAAAAUCAGAGGGAGAAAUUGACAUGGAAGGACAUUCUGGAAAAGGAGGAAAGUUUCAUAUGCCAACGUUUGAUGUAUCGCUACCAAAAAUGAAGCUCCCAGAGGGUGACAUCAAACUAGAGGGACCGGAAGGGAAAGGCAACAAAAUACAUAUACCUAACAUUGACAUUUCUCUUCCUAAAGGGAAAACUGAAGGAGAUAUUGAGGUUGAGGGGCAUGGUGGCAAAGGGGGCAAGUUUCCCAUGCCCUCGAUUGACAUUUCCCUUCCAAAAAUGAAGUUGCCUGAAGGUGAAGUCAAAGUAGAAGGCCCCAAAGCCAAAGGUGGAAACAUUGAGAUGCCAUUGAUUGAUAUUUCACUUCCCAAAGGAAAGAUGGAGGGGGAAAUUGACAUUGAAGUUCAUUCUGGAAAAGAAGGAAGAUUUCAUAUGCCUACAUUUGACGUUUCCCUUCCAAAAAUGAAGUCACUAGAACCAGAUGUCAGUUUAGAAGGACCAGAAGUCAAAGGAGGGAAGUUUGAAAUGCCAAAGAUUGAUAUUUCACUUCCAAAAGGAAAAACACAGGGAGAAACUGACAUUGAAGAACAUUCUGGAAAUGGAGGAAAGUUUCAUAUGACCUCCUUUGAUGUGUCACUACCAAAGAUGAAGCACCCAGUGGGUGAUGUCAAAGAAGGCCUUGAAGUCAAAGGGGGGAAGUUUAAAAUGCCCAAAAUCGAAGCAGAGGGUAGGAGUGGAGUCAAGUUACCAACUGUUAAAUGGCCAACAGUAGAUAUAUCUGCACCAAAGGUUGACUUAGACUCUGGCCUGUCAAAAGCUAAAGGAGAUGAUAGGGAAGAGAUGGAGCUACUAAAAGCAGAGGGUGAUAGGCCAUCCUCUGGGUCAAGUUUUGACAUGCCAGAUGUCUCUCUUAAAAUGCCAAGAUUUUCUCUCCCUAAAUUUGGUGGAAAGUCUAGUGGAGGUGUAAACCUAGAAGGAUAUGGCACAGAGGAUGAUAUUGAUAUCAGCCACCCACGAGCGGAUAGUGAGGGCAGACCAGCAUCAGCGGAAAUAUGCGGAGAGGGAAAAAUAGAAGGUAAACUAAAGAAGCCCAAAAUAAAAAUGCCAAUGUUUGGAAUAUCUAAGAAAGAUGUAUCAAUAGCCAGCCCUGAUGUGGAAAUCAAGACAAAAAAAGGGAAAGUGGACAUUCCAAAGCCAGGGAUCAGUGUAGAACAUCCAGAGGACAAAACAAAUAGAAAAUAUAGACUAAAAUUCCCCAAGUUUAAGAAGUCAUCUCCUAAAGGUAAAUUACCAGAGGGAGAGAUAGAUGUCUCAAUGGAUAGUGGAAUGGAAGGGAAAGGUGGCAUUCAUGCACCCGGUGAUACAAUCAAAAUGCCAAAGUUCUCCGUGCCAGGGUUUGGCUCACAGGAGAUAGACUUUGACAGGAGUGGGCCCAGUGCUGAACUAGAUGUCAAAGGAAAGGUAAAAAUACCAUCAGUGGAGAUAUCCCUGCCAGCUGCCAAGAAAUCUGAGCACGAAGUGUUACUCCCAAAGGCUGAGGUGGAUGUGUCUGAGGCUGACAUCAGAGGUUAUGAAGGAAACCUGAAAAUCCCUAAAAUGCCAACUAUUGAUGUAUCAGCACCCAAAAUUGACCUUGAUGUAACUCUGCCUAAAAUCAAUUAUGAAACAGAAAUUGAGGGGGAAGGAGGCAAAUUUAAGAUGCCAAACAUCAAAAUGCCUGAUAUAGAUUUAUCACUUCCUAAAGAAAAAACUGGUGACAUUGAUGCAUCCAAGGUUGAAAUUGAGGGAAGGGGUGGAAAAUUCAAGAUGCCUGUCAUUAAAAUGCCAAAGGUUGACAUAUCACUUCCAACAGGAAAACAUAGAGAAAUGGAUGUAUCCACAGUGGAAAAUGAAGGAGAAGGUGUCAAAUUCAAGAUGCCACAUAUGGAAAUUCCAAAUGUUGAUAUAUCACUUACCAAAGGAAAAAGUGGAGGGAUUGAAGGGCCAGAGAUGGAAAUUGAAGGAGGGGGUGGAAAAUUCAAAAUGCCACAUAUGAAAAUGCCAAAGGUAGACUUAUCACUUCCGAAGGGAAAGUAUGGAGACAUCAGUACACCAGAAAUGGAAAUGGAAGGAGGAGGAAAAUGUAAGAUGCCACAUAUGAAAAUGCCAAAUAUUGCCAUAUCACUUCCCAAAGGAAAAAGUGGAGAGAUUGAAGGACCAGACAUGGAAAUUCAGGGAGAGGGAGGAAAAUUGAAGAUGCCACAUAUGAAAAUACCAAAGGUAGACUUAUCAUUUACGAAGGGAAAGUCUGGAGACAUCAGUGCACCAAAAAUGGAAAUGGAAGGAGAUCAAUUCAAGAGGCCACAUAUGAAAAUGCCAAAUAUUCAUAUAUCACUUCCAAAAGGAAAAACUGGUGAUCUUAAUGCAACUGAAUCGGAAAUUGAGGGAGAAGGAGGAAAAUUCCAGAUGCCACAUAUGAAAAUGGCAAAUAUUGGUACAUCACUUCCCAAAGGAAAAAGUGGAGACAUCAGUACACCAGAAAUGGAAAUGGAAGGAGGAGGAAAAUGUAAGAUGCCACGUAUGAAAAUGCCAAACAUUGAUAUAGCACUUCCCAAAGGAAAAGGUGGAGAAACUGAACAACCAGAGAUGGAAAUUGAAGGAGGGGGCAGACAAUUGAAGAUGCCACAUAUGAAAAUGCCAAAUGUUGAUAUAUCACUUCCAAAAGGAAAAACUGGAGAUGUUAAUGCACCUAAUUUGGAAAUUCAGGGAGAAGGAGGAAAAUUCAAGACGCCGCAUAUGAAAAUGCAAAAUAUUGGUAUAUCACUUCCCAAAGGAAAAAGUGGAGAGAUUGAAGGACCAGAGAUGGACAUUGAAGGAGAGGGUGGAAAAUUCAAGGUGCCACAUAUGACAAUACCAAAUAUUGGUAUAUCACUUCCAAGAGGAAAAACUGGAGAGAUUGAAGGACCAGAUAUGGAAAUUCAGGCAGAGGGAGGAAAGUUCAAAAUGCCAAAGGUAGAUAUAUCACUUCCAAAAGGAAAGUAUGGAGAAAUUAGAGCACCAGAAAUGGAAGUCAAAGGAGGAAAUUUCAAGAUGCCACAUAUGAAAAUGACAAAGGUAGACAUAUCACUUCCAAAAGGAAAAACUGGAGAUGUUAAUGCACCUGAAUUGGAAAUGGAUGGUGUGGGUGGAAGAUAUAAGAUGCCAGAAAUCAAACUGCCAAAUAUAGAUGUUACAAUGCCAAAGGGAAAUUCUGGUGACAUUGAUGCUGAAAUCAAACAGCCCAACGCUGAGGCAGAAGGAAAGAUAAAAAUGCCUUUGAUUGGUUUACCAAAGUUUACAACUCCCAACCUUGAUUUGGACAUGAAUGUUGGAAAACCCAACCAUGGAGCUGAGGUUCAUGGGAAAAAUUCAGACACAACUUGUUCACAUUCUGAGGGAGACCAUAAGAUGAAAAUCAAAAUACCAACAAUAGACAUAGAGUACCCAAAAGGAGAUCUGGAGCUGGAUAUAGGCUUCCAUAAAGCGGAGGGAAAGAAGGACAGAAAAACAAUAGAGUUGCCUGACUUAGACCUUAAAACUUCUGGUACCAAAGGUAAGGGGCCAAAAGUCAAAGGCACCAAAUUCAAAAUUGGAAUGCCAAAAAUGAAGAACACUGGAGAUCAAGCAUUAGAUGCAGCCACAAAGAAGACAGGGAAAGAAAAUGAAGGGGCCAGUGGUAGAUUCAUGAUUAAGAAGACAAAGCUUGGCAAAGGUGCAGAUGUGGCGGCAGAUGCGAUGGCAGGUGGUUCUGCGUUGCCAAACAUCUCCCUCCCAGAUGUGGGCUUCUCAGUAUCCAAAGGAGCCAGCCAAGAGGAUGAACGUCAUGGUCCAGAGAUGAGUGCUAAAUUGCCAAAAUUCAAACUCCCUAACGUGGAGAUCUCAGGUCCUUCAAUGACUGGCCAAGGAGGAGCACAAAUCAACAGCGGACAACAAGAAAACAAAGAUGGUAUCAAGUUUCAAAUGCCAAAGGUUACUCUACCGUCUGUGGGGCUGAAGAGCAAACAGGGCUCUGCCGAGCCCACUGGCACAGAUGCCAGCACAGAGAAUGGAUUCACAUUACCUCAUCUUGGAAUCAAAGUCCCCAAAUUACCAGAUAUAGACUUUGAUAUUGGAGCAUCUCAAGCUGAGGACCAUGGGGCAGAUACAAGUACAAGACAAAAAAUCAAAAUACCCAAGUUCGGGGUGGCUUUACCUGCUAUUUUUUCACCUGAAGCUAGAGUACAUUUGAAGGACCCAGAGGUUGAGUAUGAAGGCCCUAAAAUGCCCAAAGUUAAAAAAGCUGUAUUUGUUUUGGUGAAUCCCCAAACAGACCACUCCACUAUGUCCACUAUAUGUGAAGCAUCCGUAGAGUCUGGAGAGGCUAAAAUCAGAAUGCCAAAGAUCAAAACGAAGCCAUCAUUUGGAAAGUCAGGAUCCAAGGAAAAGAGUGUUGCUUUGAGCAUUGAAGGAGACGUGGAUGGAGCUGACAAGUCAAAGGGAGCAAAGCAAAAAAUUCCCAAAGUCACCUUCUCUCCAGGCAAAACAGGUUCAUUUGAUGUAACCCUAAAAGGUGAGGGGUCUAGAUCCAGCCUCAAUGGUGAGAAAGUUUCAACAUUCCAGAACGGAUCCAAGGAGGAUAAAGCUAAGUUUGUGAAGCUCAAGCUUCCAAAGAUAGAGUUGUCCUCGCCAUAUUCAAAAAUAGGCAGUGGAGAAGAGGACCUUAAAAUGAGUGCUAAGCUUGUCAAGAAGUCCUCAGGAACUGACGGAGAAACCAAGAGGAAGAAAGUGAAAUCAGGCAAAAUGUCCUUCCCGGGGUUUAAGAAGAAGACAUCAAAAGGAGAGGAGGAAACUCAAGACAAUGUGGUGUCCUCAUCGGCCCGGACAGAAAUGCUAGAUCAGGAUAGUUCAGAAUCACCAACGCCCAUGGUCUCCAUUGGCUUUGUUCCAGGGAAGUCUAGGGGGCAGGCAGAGGCUGAGAGCAGAAAGAAGGAGCUGGAAGGAAAGCAGUCGACCUGGUUCAAGGCCCCCAAAUUCAACCUGAAACCCAACUCAACAGGAAUCCUCCUCAUUACACCAGAAGGUUCUCCCCAUGGCAGCAGAUCCUCGCUCCAAUGCCAGGGUGUAGAUAAAACUGCAGGUACCUUCCGGCUCCAGAUGCCAAGCACGGGGUUCUCCACGCAGGAGGUGUCUGAGGAGAAUGUUACCACAACAAAGAAGAGAACCGUAACUGUGGUGACAAAGACGACAAAAAAUACGGUAACAGAGUCCAGAACUGGUCAAACCCACACAUCGCUAUCCCAUUGUAAUUACUGAAGUCCGAAGAGAUGUGAGAGUAAUAUAUUUUCCCUCUGUCCUGAUGUGACGACUGUUUUUGUAAAUGUUCCUCCAUGUUUUCUUUCUAUUUUAGUCUUCAUCAUCUUUGAUAAUUUGAGUGGUUUAAAUCUGAAUGUCAAUUCAUUAUGUAUUGUUGUUGAUAUCUUUUUUAUGCAAAAAUACCACACAUUUUAAUUUCCCAAAGGAAAAGUCUAUUUUCAAUGCCUUCCCAUUUGAUAUACCGACAUUUACUUUGGCGUGAUUGCAGAAUUAGACUGACAAAGAACACAAGCCAAUUUACCAAAAGCAAUUUCUAUGUAAAUACAUUGACAUGUUGCCUGCUUACUUAAUGAAACAUGUAAUUAUUUUCCUAUUACCGAUGAUUGGAAUAGUAAUGAGGAUAGUAGUGAUUUGUGUUAAUGUAACUGAGGCUUGAGGAUGGUGUGAGAUUUGUGGUUUUAUCAUUUACUUACUUCAGCUUGUUUUUUCUUUUUGAUAUAUGAAGAUUUUUUGUUAUUAUACCAUACAUUGAAAUGUAAGAUUAAAGGCUUCUACAAUGCAAUCCAUUUCAACACUCUCUAUGAGAAUCAAGAUAAGUAGACAAAACCCAAAAGAAUAGGAAACUAUCAUCUGAUAUUAAGCCAUGGUUUAAAGAAACAGAUUGAAAUAUUUCAAAAUGAAUGCAAAACCGCUUGGACAAAACAAUGUCUCAAUGUCUCCAUUUUCCUUUUCUUUUUUGGUGAGUUAGGAAGUAGGCAUUCAAUGUGUGUGUUCUACUGCAUGGGAAGAGUCCCAGCAAUCCUCUGUCAAUCAAGUUUACAAAAUUUUCCUUAACCAGAUUUAACACCUGUUGGAGCUGAAAAUUUGAAAUAACUAUAUAGAAUGGUGCAUGACAAGGAGAGAACAUGUUUAUGACCAGAUAAUACAGUUUAACAGUGUUUAUACGUAUAGAGAGAUUUUUUACAAAUACCUUUGUGCUUAUGUUUUCAGUGCUUAUGGCUUCACAAUAAGCAGUUUUCAAGCAAAGUGUUAUCAAAGUGGCAUUAUCAAUAAUGUUGUUAAGAGAUCAUAUUAUUAAUAAACCUAAUAUUCCUAAAAAAUAAAUAAA